AUGCUGUUCUUCCUGAUACUUGUCGCUUCUGCUUUUGCUCAAGAGAAUUGCAGUCUACAACUUUGUGAUCUAGCUAAUACAAAUGGAUUAACAUGUCCGACUGGUAUGGAGUGCUUGAACAUAGAAAAUGGAUUCGGUAGAUGCUGCUUAUCUCAAACCGCCGUCAUUCCUGUAAUACCUAGAACAAUCGUGACAGGAAAAAAAUCUCAAAACUGUGUUGAUCUUUUGAAUAAGAGCACUGGACAGUCUGACUGCCCAUCGAGAGCUUAUUUGUGUCAAGACAAGAUUUACUAUGACUUGAUGACAAUCCAAUGCCCCAAGACUUGCAACAGAUGUAAUAAGAGCACUUCACAGUCCGGAGUCAAAAUAGGUUGCGAAGAUAAGAAGAAUCCGCGAACGGGGAGAAGUGAUUGCCCUGCAACAGCCCAUCUAUGUAACUCCCCCUUAUACAAAAAUGUCAUGAAAGAGCAAUGUCCAAAAACUUGUAGAUUAUGUUAA